GAUGCCAGACAUAAGGUGCUGUGUGUGCGGUGAUCGCAGGACAAAGAAAAUAAUUUGACCGUGUUCGCCACAGGAAGGGUGUUACAGGCACCCCAGUGCUUCCCGUGUCUACACCAUCUCGAAGACCAGAAUCUGGGCAGCAGAGUGCUGUUUAGACUACACAGCCUUGCACCGUGCGGCGUGCACACAAAUUCAGGAGCACUGCUUCUACCUGUGGGAACCUGGUGGUGGCGAUGGCGAAAGGGGCACGCCGGAGGCGACAAUGUGGGUGGCGAUGGCGACACGGGAGACGCUGCGCACUUGGCCAUGCCGAGUACAUUACGGACGUUUCAUUCGCCGAUGUGUUCGUGGAGGCGAAGCGGGUGGCCGACUUCAUCGCGUCGCACCUGUGUCAGGCCGGCUUCCCGACCACCAGCAUCCACGGCGACCGGCUGCAGCGCGAGCGCGAGGAGGCGCUGGCUGACUUCAAGUACGGCAAGACGCCGACGCUGAUCGCCACGUCGGUGGCCUCGCGCGGCCCCGACAUCAAGGACGUGGCCAGCGUGGUCAAUUACGACCUGCCGAAGGCCAUCGACGACUAUGUGCACCGCAUCGGCGCGUUGGAGCUCAGCACGAGCUGCGGCCGCGUGCUCAGCAGCAGCUCAGCAGGAGCCAUAGCCGCCUCCUCAGCAGAAGCUCAGCAGGAGACAUAG